AUGUCAACGUCGAUCGGAUCGCAAAGCAAAGAGCUCGUGAAUCCUGCUCUUCGUCAAAUCUAUGUCCCGAUGCCAACAUACACUCGAAUGGAAGGGUUCAUCGAGGAAGAAGAAAUAAGCGAAGAUCGAGAUCAAUCAACGCCGACACCGGGGAAAGAGUACACUCGUGUUUCCGCUGAGAAUCCGAAUAUCGUUGUCACGUCGAUGACGCCACAAGAAAAUGAUAUCUCGAUUGGUACGGUGUUGACGAGUGAUGGAGGCACUUUGUCCACAUUGCUCAAAGAUUUAGAUCCCACCAAUUCAGGAAGUGGAUCCGGUCUUCCCCUUUUAAUCCAACGAACAAUCGCCCUUCAAAUCAACAUCAUCAAAGAUGUGGGAAGUGGACGAUUUGGAGAGGUGAAACUUGGCCAAUGGCGGGGUGAGAAUGUAGCCGUGAAAAUCUUCUGUUCGAGGGAUGAAAGCUCGUGGGCAAGAGAAGUCGAGAUCUACAACACCAAUUGGCUACGUCACGCGAACAUUUUGCAGUAUAUUGCAAGCGAUAAAAAAGAUACGGGCCUUCAAAUGGAACUCUGGUUGAUCACUGAAUAUCAUCCGUUCGGAUCGUUGUACGAUUUCCUGGCUGAGAAUGUGAUCGAUACCCGAUUGGCCGUUCAAUUGCUUCGCUCGUUCGCAAACGGAAUGCAAUUCCUGCACUCCGAGAUUCCUGGACAAUUUAACAAGCCAGCAAUCGCGCAUCGUGACAUUAAAAGCAAGAAUGUUCUCGUGAAAGCCGAUAAGACUUGUGUGAUCGCUGAUUUGGGUUUAGCGGUUCGGUACGAGAAUGGGAUAUUGAACAUUCCCGAGAAUACCCGAUGCGGGACUACGCGUUACCUUGCCCCAGAGAUCCUGAUCGAAGAGAACAUCUUCAGAAGUUUUGAGCCAUUCAAGAUGGCCGACAUGUACUCUUUCGGUUUGGUGAUGUGGGAGAUUCUAAGUCGAACGAAAACCGAGAAUUUUGACGCCUCUCCAUUCGAAGAAUCGAUGCCUUAUUGGGAGCACGUGCCUCGCGAUCCGUCUUUUAUGGAAAUGAAAAAGGUGGUGGUAGACGAGGAAAAAAGGCCAGCACUCGACAAACGGUGGCGGCUUUCACAAGUGCAUCAAGACGUGUGGAAAGUGAUGGACGAGUGUUGGCGGCCGGUUCCCGGUCGUCGACUCACCGCGAUGAACGUGCGCCUUAAAUUGGAUCGCCUCGCACAAAAGUACAACUUCGAUUCGGUU